UCUCGCCAUAUACCUUUUAUUAUUGCUGAAUACCUUGCAAGCAUUAUUGCAAUAUUGCUCUCUCUUGGUCACAUUCUGAGAAUCCAAUCACUCACUGAUUCAUUUGCUGUUGUUGUGAUCUGUAUCAUAUCAUGGCUGAAGCACUUGUUGUUGGAGCUUUAGUUUCUGGCUUCGCCAAUGUUGUUCUUGACAGGCUCAUUUCACCUGAGUUUGUCAACUUGGUGGUGGGCAAGAAGCUGGACCGGAAGUUGGUUGAGAGGCUGAGGACUGCUCUCUUGGCUGCUGAAGCUCUGGUUGCUGACGCCGAACAGAAGCAGUUUGGAAACGAUCGUGUGAGGAAAUGGCUUGAUAGUCUCAGAGAUGCUCUCUACACUGCUGAUGACUUGCUGGACCGUGUCUUCAUCAAAGCUGAAAUUCGCAGCAAGGUACGCACUCAUCUUCCUAGCUUCCUUAAUUUGUCUGAUAGGAAGAUGGUGACUAAGAUAGAAGAGGUGGUUAAAACAAUAGAAGAUCUUGAGAAACUCAAAGAUACCCUUGGUCUGAGAGAGAUUCCAACUGGAAGCUCUUCAUGGAGACCUCCAUCCACUUCUCUUGUGAAGGGGAAUGUGUUCGGCAGGGAUGGUGAUCAACAGGCACUAAUCAAGAUGCUCAAUGACAACAAUCAUCAUAACUUGUCCGUCAGCUCUAUUGUUGGUAUGGGCGGGGUUGGUAAAACUACUUUAGCACAAUGGCUCUACAACAAUAAGGAUUUGAUGGACGGGGUUGAUCUGAAAGCAUGGAUUUGUGUUUCUGAAAAUUUUGAUGUUGUUGAGACUACUAAGAAUGUUAUAAAGGGGAUCUCUUCAGGUGUUUGUAGUCUUGACAGCUUUGAUUUACUUCAACAAGAUUUGAAGGAAAAGCUGUCAGAAAAGAAGUUCUUCAUUGUUUUGGACGAUGUUUGGAGUGAAGAUGUUGACAAGUGGAGUAGUUUUGUCACCCCUUUUCAACAUGGGAGAAAAGGAAGCACUAUUCUUCUAACUACCCGCAAGGAAAAUGUUGGUCGAAUAGUCCAACACUAUAACUCUUACACUCUCAAGGAACUGUCAGACGAUUAUUGUUGGUCUAUUUUUGCAGACAAUGCAUCCUUUCCUGAAUCAAAUGGGAGCUCGGAACUGGAAGAAAUAGGUAGAAAGAUUGUCAAAAGGUGUGAUGGUUUGCCAUUAGCUGCGGAAACACUUGGACGCUUGUUGCGCUCAGAGCGUCGUGUUGAAGAAUGGAAUAGAAUACUAUCGAAUGACAUUUGGGAAUUUCCUAUGUCAAAUAGUAAAAUUGUUCCUGCAUUGUUAAUAAGUUACUAUCAUCUUCCUGCGCAUUUAAAACGCUGCUUUGUUUAUUGUUCAUUGUAUCCCAAAGAUUAUCAAUUUGAUAAGGAUGAAUUAAUCUUGCUAUGGAUGGCUGAAGAUCUUUUGCGACCUCCAAAGAGGGGAGAGACUUUAGAAGAAGUUGGUUGCGAGUGUUUUGACAACUUAGCUUCAAGAUUAUUUUUCAAGCAGGUCAAGAAUGAUGAUGAGAAGUUUUUUUUGAUGCAUGAUCUCAUGCAUGACUUGGCAACUUUUCUAGCUGGAAAAUUUUAUUGUAGAUUGUCAGAAGAACUUGGUGAAAAGGAAGAGAUGAGUAUUCUAACUCGUCAUUUGUCACACGAUCGUUCAAUCUCUAAAACAAUUCGUUCCUCUAAUAAAAUAGAAUCUUUGAGGACAUCAUUGCAUAUCAAUAAUGGACGUCGGCUCCAGAAAGAAUGCGCAACGUUACAGUGUGACAUAUUGUCAAAGAAUAAAUACUUGAGAGUUUUAUCCUUUGAUAUACUCAAUAUAUUUCCUGAUUCAAUAGCAAAAUUGAUCCAACUGCGCUACUUGGAUCUCUCUAGGAGUAAAAUUGAGGUAUUGCCACAGUCAUUAUGCAACUUGUGCAAUCUACAAAGUCUAAAGUUACGGGAGUGUUGGUCCCUAACUAUGCUGCCUAGUAGCAUAGGUGAACUGAUCCACCUACGAUAUUUGGAACUCUCUGGAAGUGCUGUUAAGACAUUGCCUGAAUCAUUGUGCAAGUUGUGUAAUUUACAAACACUAAAGCUAGAAGAUUGUUCAAAGCUGACUAUGCUGCCCAAUGGCAUGUGUAAUCUUGUGAGUUUGCGGCAUCUUGAUAUAAGGAAAACUCCUCUUAAAGAAAUGCCAAAAGGAAUGGGCAAAAUGAAACAAUUGCACAUUUUAAGCUGCUAUAUGGUAGGCAAGGAUGAAGUCAAUGGAAUUCAAGAGUUAGGAGGACUUGUAAAUCUUCAUGGAUCAUUUGAGAUUCAGAAAUUGGAGAAUGUUGUUGAUGUAAAUGAGGCAAGGAGUGCAAGGAUAAUAGAUAAGAAGCACAUUGACGACUUAUUGUUGGAAUGGUCUUCAGAUGAUGAUGUGGUUUCAGACACAGAAACUGAAAGAGAUAUACUCCACAACUUGCAACCGCACAAUGGCUUGAAAAUGUUUACAAUCAAGGGAUACAAAGGUAAAAUAUUUCCAGAUUGGAUUGGGCAUUCCUUCUACCAAAACAUGACAAGUGUGUCUCUCAAGUCUUGCAAGAAUUGCUGCAUGCUGCCUUCACUUGGACAGCUGCCAUCUCUUAAGUCCCUAAGCAUUCAAGGUUUUGAGCAACUCAAGUGUGUUGGUGAUGAGUUUUAUCAGAAUGAAGACAAUCAUUCUUUGCAUAUUGCUCCAUUUUCCUCACUGGAGAGAUUGGAAUUUGAUGAUAUGUCAUGUUGGGAGGAGUGGCUUUUACCUGAAUCUAAAGCUUUUCCUCAGCUUAAGUGGCUUCAAAUAACAAAUUGUCCAAAGUUAAAGGGAGAUAUGGUUAAUCCCAUAUUAAUGAGGAUCGCUUAUUCCUCAUCGGAUGUUUCGAAAGUGCACAAAGUGGAAAUACGAGAAGAUUACCCAGGAUUGGAUAUAGGUAUGUCACUUCUUGGGGAUACUUUAUCAAUUAGGGGAUGCCAAUCUUCUGUGGAGUGUGCAAUUAAAGCAAUGAUCAGCAUCAACCAUCUAACUUCCCCCCAAGAAAUAGAAAUCUGUGUGUGUUGGUCUGCUGUAUCCUUGCCAGGCAAUUGUUUACCCAAAUCUUUGCAAAAACUCACAAUCAGUUGUUACAGUGAACUGGAAUUACUCCAGCAACAAGAGAAGUAUGAUUUGGUAGAGCUACAAAUACAAUACAGCUGUGAUUCACUAACCUCAUUCUCAUUGGAUGCCUUUCCCAAACUCAAGAUUCUUGAGAUUCGAGAGUGUAAGAAUCUGAAAUCAGUUUCAAUGUCAGAGCCAUCACAUGCUGCUCUUCAAAGUCUCUCCAUCUUUUAUUGCACCAAAUUGGUGUCAUUUCCAGAAGGAGGACUGGCUGCACCCAACUUGACUCUUCUCUGCGUCAGAGAUUGCCACAAGUUGGAAGCAUUGCCUCGUGGCAUGAAUAGUCUUCUUCCAUGUUUACAGUCUCUCGACAUUCGAGGUUGUCCAAACAUUACUAGUUUGCCAGAGGGUGGUUUGCCAUCUAACUUGAAAGAGCUUAGUGUGGGAGCUUGCGAGCAACAGUUGAGUAAUCUAUCAUGGAUGGGCAACUUGGACACCCUCACUCAUCUCACUGUUGAUGAUACUUGGUGUGAGAGCAAAAUAAAGUCCUAUCCAGAGGCGGGUUCGCUGCCUCGCCUUCCCUCCCUUACCACUCUAAAGAUCAGUUCACUUUGUAAACUGGAGACAUUGGAUUGCAAACAGCUUCUCUGCCUAACCUCCCUCCAACAAUUACACAUUAAGUAUUGUCCAAAGCUGGAGAAUAUGGCAGGAGAAAAGCUUCCUUCCUCCCUCUUACUACUCAAAAUUGAGACAUGUACAUUGCUGGGAAAACACUGCAAGAACAAGCAUCAACAAAUUUGGCCCAAAAUUUCCCACAUCCCUGACAUUAAAGUCAUUGACUAAGAAUUUUUGGAAGAAAGAUUUCUGAGCAGGUAGCUUGUGUACAUAUCAAGAUGUAAUCCUAUACACUGGCUGUAUAUCUUCAUUUAAUUCUAAGUUCAUUUGAAGUGGUAAUUAAGUUGGAUUGAUGCGUUGGGAACCAGAAACUAUGUUUUCUGAUUUUUGGCUUCAUGUUAUUGAAAAGCAAAGACAUGAUGGAGGAAGUUGGAGUGAUAUUCAUUAUUGAAAAGCUUUUGUUGUUGCUGGAGAUACAUUGGGAACAGGAAGUACAUUUGAGGUUUAGUAACCAACCAUAUCUAAAUUAUCUUCAUUCAAUCCAAAGUUCAUCAGAAGAGGUGCUCUGUAAUUUUAGCUUCAGGUCUGAGCUUUGAGUGUUUGAUGGUUUGUGGAUUUUGCUGGGAAAGUCAAGCUUACUAGCUCCAUUUUUGAAAAUUAUUCACUAUAAAUAAGCAGUUGGGAUGUGGUUCAAUCUUGGAUUGGGGUAAAAUUUCGAUAGCAAGUUCUGAAUGUACUUUUUCAUUCUGAAUGGUUGGACGAUUAAGAUAAGAUUUGGAGGGUGAGAUAUGGCUUGUGCGCGCAAAGUAGCUCUGAUUUUGUAAAUUUUUCAUCUUUUUGAUUCAUAUUUAUAUGCAGUAAUGCUUGGAUGUUUUAACUUACUGUAAACAUGAUUUGUGCACUUAUUUGAGACUCUCUUGUAUCCUUACUUGA